AUGCCUACGCCGAGCCUUCACAGUGCUGCCGACUUUAUCUUCAUCUUCAACGGGGAGACCGACGCCGAUUCUCUCAUCCCAGAUGCGCCGAACAUCCGCAUCGUACAUCGAAACAACACAUGCUUUGAUCUAGGCGCUCAUGGUGAAGUCUUAAGAGAAGAUGGUCUCUGGACACACUAUCGUCGCUUCAUUACCAUGAAUGCAAGUAUUCGUGGACCCUUCCUCCCAUAUUGGGCUCAAGGCAAAGGUGCAUGUUGGUCAGACCUCUACCUAGCCAGGGUCAACGAAAGGGUUAAGCUGGUUGGCAUGUCAGCAAACUGUAUGCCUCGCUUCCACAUUCAAAGCAUGAUCUGGGCAACGGACUCGGUGGGUAUGGAGCUUCUACUGUUGCCCCAUUCUAGCACCUCUUCACCUGCCGACGGCUUUGGGGCGGCUGGGGCCCCAGUGGCCUUCCAUUCGUGCUAUGACGGAUGGCACUCAGCCGUCCAUGCCGAGAUUGGGACGGCAGAAAUGAUCAUUGAAGCUGGGUACGAUGUGGACGUCAUGAUGGAGGCAUACCAUAAGUCGGAACGGUUUCGAUAUGAUUGCCAUGCGGAUGGAGUGGGUGAUUUACUGUUUAAUGGCCGCUACUUUGGCUCCAACAUCCAUCCUUAUGAGACCAUUUUUAUGAAAGCGAACCGAGACAUCGAUCCCAAACUGCUGAAAUCACUUACGGAAUGGCAUUUAGCUGAAGGGAGGAGGAGUUGGGAUAUGUGUUAA